AUGGGCUCCAAGACUAUCGAAGAUGAGGAUCCUGGAAGGCAAGACGCCCCGCCUUUCAACGGAUCCAACGCCGCCGGCGGUGAACCACGAGGCAACCACAUCGCUCGCGAUGGCGAUGGAUGCAUGGGAAGUGAUGGAUGUGAUGAAGGCGAUGACGACGAUGACGAGGCACAAGCCGCCUCUGCCACCACCGCGCUAACCCAGACCACUGGCUCUGAAACGAACAACAAGAAAAAGCGUAAGCGGCCCAAGAAGAAGAAGAAGUCCGCGGCAUCCAAGCAGUCGUCGCCGCCUCGGAUUCCGUUGGACGAAUUGUUUCCGUCUGGGGAAUUCAAGCCGGGCCAGCUCAUGGAUUACAAUGCAUCUCACCAAACGACCGUCCGAGCCAAGGCUGAGGAGUUCCGUCAGGCAGGGCGCCCCAACUUAGAGGACAGCGAGUUUCUAAACAACUACCGCAAGUCUGCAGAGAUUCAUCGCCAGGUCAGACGCUGGGUUCAGGAAACGGCCAAACCAGGUUCAACUCUGACCGAGGUUGCUGUGGGUAUUGAAGAUGGUGUCAGAGCACUCUUGGGAAACCAGGGCCUAGAACCCGGUUCUUCUCUUCGGUCUGGAUUGGGCUUCCCUACGGGCCUCUCACUGAACAACUGCGUGGCUCAUUACACGCCGAAUCCUGGGCGCAAGGACACUGUUCUGCAAUACGAUGAUGUCAUGAAGGUCGAUUUUGGCGUGCAAAUCAACGGCUGGAUUGUCGACAGCGCCUUUACCAUGGCUUUCAAUCCGACGUACGACAAUCUGCUGGCCGCCGUCAAGGACGCCACUAAUACCGGUAUCAAGACUGCGGGAAUAGACGUGCGCAUCUGUGACAUUAGCGCUGCCAUUCAAGAGACAAUGGAGAGCUACGAGGUCGAGAUUCGAGGCAAAGUCUACCCUGUGAAACCGGUGCGAAAUCUUUGUGGACAUGAUAUCAAGCAUUAUCACAUUCAUGGCGAAAAGACAAUUCCAUUCCUUAAGCACUCGGAUGAGACUAAGAUGGAAGAGGGUGAAAUCUUUGCAAUCGAGACGUUUGGUUCAACUGGCCGUGGCUAUACUCGGGAAGAGAGUGGCAUUUAUGGAUACGGCUUGAGCGAUGACGCUCCGUCGCGCGUAAACUUUCCCCUCAACUCGGCCAAUCGCGUGUUCAAGACAAUCAAAGAAAACUUUGGCACACUUGUCUUUGCACGCCGAUACCUCGACCGCCUCGGGGUCGAUCGCUACGUUGCCGGGCUGAAUUGCCUGGUGGCAAAUGGGAUCCUGGAAGCGUACCCUCCGCUGGUCGACAUUGCAGGGUCUUACUCUGCCCAAUUUGAACAUACCAUUCUACUUCGAGAAUCGUGCAAGGAAGUUAUCAGUCGUGGAGACGACUACUAA